AUGGCAAUGGCAAAUAACAAGACACAAUGUUUUACUUGUAAUAAAGAAAAAAUAACAUAUCCUUGUAAAGGAUGUUCAAAAGAAUUUUGUUUAAUGGAUUUAACAGAACACCAACGAAUAUUAAGUGAUGAACUAAAUCUUAUUACUAAUGAAUAUAAUGAAUUUAAACAAAGAAUUAAUGAACAAAAACAGAAUCCACAAAAUGAUUUAUUAAUCAAACAAAUUGAUGAAUGGGAAGCAAAUUCAAUUGAAAUAAUUCAACAAAAAGCACAACAAUGUAGAAAAAUUGCUAUGGGAUGUUUACCAACAUUCUUUAAUAAUAUUGAAAAGAAAUUUAAUGAUUUAUCUGAACAAAUAAUCCAUCAAAGAUUUUUAUUAAAGAAGAUUCACAAUCAUUUAUUAAUGAAAUUUCAAUUAUUUCACCAGGAGAAUAUUAAAAAAAAAUCAAAAUUUCGAUCGAGAUUAAUCCUUUUUUUUAUUAAAAUAUUUUGUUUUCAUCAUCUUCUAGAAUCAAACUUUAACAAAUGGAAACAAAAUGCCAUCGUUGUGGCUGGUGGAAAUGGACAAGGGCAACAUUUAAAUCAACUCUUUUUCCCUUAUGGAAUCUUUAUUGAUAAAAAGAAAAACAUUUUCAUUGCUGAUUAUGGAAAUAAUCGUAUUGUUGAAUGGAAAUGUAACGCAAAAGAAGGACAAAUCAUCGCAGGAGGAAACCAAAUAGAUCAAUUGUAUCGACCAACGGGUAUGAUUGUUGAUCAACAAAAUCAUUCCAUCAUCACUGCUCACUUCUGGGACAACAAAGUGAUUCGCUGGAUGAAUCAAAAUCAACAAAUUCUCAUUGACAACAUUGACUGUUCUCGCUUAACAAUGGAUAAAAAUGGAUUUCUUUAUGUUUCUGAUUGGGCGAGAAAUGAAGUGAGACGAUGGAAAAUGGAAGAAUACAACAAUGAAGGAGUUGUAGUGGCAGGUGGAAAUGGAAAAGGAAAUCAUCUCAAUCAGCUCAAUGAUCCUACCUGUAUCUUUGUUGAUGAAGAUCAAUCUGUUUAUAUAUCAGAUCACGACAAUAAUCGUGUAAUGAAAUGGAGAAAAGAUGCAAAAGAAGGAACUAUUGUCGCUGGAGGAAAUGGUCAAGGUAGAAAUCUUAAUCAAUUGCAUUAUCCAGAAGGACUAUUUGUUGAUGAUUUGGGUCAAAUCUAUGUAGCAGAUUGUUGGAAUCAUCGAGUAAUGCGUUGGUGUGAAGGAAAAGAAGACGGUGAAAUUGUUGUUGGUGGAAAUAGUCGAGGAAAUCAAUUGAAUCAAUUGAAUCAUCCCAGUGGUUUAUAUUUUGAUGACGAAAGAAAUCUUUAUGUUGCUGAUCGUGACAAUCAUCGAAUUCAAAAAUUUGAAAUAGUUUUGUAA